AUGUUAAAAAGAAAAAGAGAUAACAAUAAGAGUGGUACAAAAAAAAAGACAUGUGCUAUUGAUUCUUGUGUUGUUGGUGAUGAAAAAGCUUAUAAUGCAUAUAGAAACCCACCUAAUAGAAAUGAGGAUGGUAAAGAAUUAGAUGCUACAGGUUCAAUAGUUGAAUAUUAUAAAGUUCCUGUUGCUGGUAGUAAAACUUUACUAACUUCUUUAAUUCAAAAAAUAAGAUUACAUUUUUUUCUAGUUAGAAUUUGUGAUAAAGAUUUGGCAAGAAAAACACAGAAUGAUAUAACUCCUGAAGAAAUUCUUGUAGAUCCAGAAAAAUUAGAUGACCCAGAAUUGAAAGAUUAUUUUCAAAUUUUAGCUAAAUAUUAUAGAGAAAUUAAUUGUGAUCAAACAGGAUGUUUACUAAAAGACUGGAAUUUUUAUAUGUAUUAUCAAUUUAGCAAAGAUAAACAAAAAGUUUGUAUACUUCCAGAAGAAGAUGAUACAGACAAUCAAAAUUUUUCAAUUCAAGCUAAACAAACAGGUCUACCAGUAUAUUUUAGCGAUGGAGUAAUUGAAAUCGCAUAUAAACCUGAUACAAUAAAAUUGAUUGAUAAUGAAAAUUUAGAUCAAAAAAUAAAUAAUUUAAAAUUAUCACAAAAUUUAAUUAAUGAUUUACAAAAAUUAAGAAUAUCAAGAUUAGAUAAAUUACAUCUUGAACAAUAUGGUUAUUAUACCGAUUUAAAAGACAAAACAGAAGAAAUUUCAAUUUUGAAUAAUUUAUUCGAUACUAUCAACAAUGAUAAGAUUUUAAUGACCAUGCAAAUAUCAACUUUAUUAAAAAAAAAAGACUCAACACAAUUAGAAAAUAUUUGGAAAGAUACUAUUGAUGAUGCUAAAUACCUUGAUGAUAAACAAAAAGAUGAAUUACACAAACUUAAAAAUUUAUAUGAAAUACGAGAAGAAAGGAUAGCAUCAUUAAGACAGCCACCUUUACCUAAACGACCAGCAAAAGAUGAAGAUAUAAAUUCAUUACUU